ACCUUUGCCUCGAAUUCCCCCGAUUUAAAACUGUAAUUCGUCACUGGCGCUUGUUGAAACGUCCGGCUUUUGUUCAUCAAGUUGAUGGCGGAUGAAACGUGGUAUAAUUAACAAAUCGUAAUAUGUCAAUGAGAAAUCUGGCAAAGUGCCCGUGUAUAUUUAUAAUAAAUUGAUAGAAGAAAAAAAGCAAAUUAAAAAUAAGUUCAAACUCGAUCGCGUCUUUUCGUCGGGCAUGUUUCUACUUCGCCCGGCGACAAGGGGCCUGAUCGGACUCUUAAAAAAUCGCUUAAUCAACGUUGCAAAAAUAUCACGUUCAUUGGCGGACAAAAAGACUAAACUAAGCAGUUCGGAACGAGAUCACGACUGUGUUUCAGAGAAAAAAGUUGCAAAACCUAGGAUAAAGGUAAUCCGCGUCUAUCGAUGGAACCCUCACGAGCCAGGGACGAAACCCUACAUGCAGCAGUUCGAAAUCGACAUGAACAACUGCGGUACGAUGGUUCUGGACGCCCUGCAACUCAUAAAAGCGGAGUACGAUCCAACCCUAACUUUUCGAAAAUCAUGUCGGGAGGGAAUAUGCGGUAGCUGCUCGAUGAACAUCAACGGGGUGAACACCCUGGCCUGUCUAACGAAACUCGACGACAAUUCCCCGAAACCGGUGAUCAUCUACCCCCUGCCCCACAUGUACGUAAUCCGGGACCUGGUGCCGGAUCUUUCGCACUUUUUGAAACAGUACAAAAUGAUAGAACCUUGGUUGAAACGGCGGGGCGAGGAUCAGUAUGUCGGGUAUCGCCAGACGCUGCAAAGUCAGCGGGACAGAAACAAGCUGGACGGUUUGUUCGAGUGCGUGAUGUGCGGAUGCUGUACGUACUCGUGCCCCCCUUAUUGGUGGCUCGGUGACAAGUAUCUCGGACCUGCGGUCCUGAUGCAGGCGUACAGGUGGAUCAUCGAUUCCAGGGACUUUGAGCACGAGGAACGGCUCGCGAAGCUUCGCGAUUAUUAUUCCGUUUUUCGCUGCCACACUAUUUUCAAUUGCACUAAAACGUGCCCGAAGGGAUUGAAUCCCGGCAAAGCUGUUGCUCAGAUAAAACGGCUACUUGCCGGUCUUACGAAAAAGGAAAAACCAGACAUGCAGACGCCGCUGCCAGAUCCGUGCGCUGGACCCCCAAGCGCCAAUCCUUCUGCGGAAAAAUGAAUGAUAUAUGUAUAAUAUAUAAUCGAACAUAUUUAUAUGUGAUAAUAACUAUUCACCCUCUACUUCGCUCAUACCAUAACGUUGUUGUCACUGUGGGACGUGAU